GUCUACAAGUAGAGAGGCACCAACCAUUCUCUUUCGUCAAAUUGCCGCGUGGAACUCGAACGCCCGAACAGGGAUAGAUACGCGCAGAGGGAGGGAGAGAGAGAGAACUUGAGGAUGACGUCGAAAGGGUUAUUCUGCUUCGCUUGCAUCGGACAAGCGACUGUGGGUGUGGUGGAGCAGUGGGGGCGGUUCCAGCGAAUCGCCGGCCCGGGCUUCCACUUUUUAAACCCAUUCGCCGGAGAGUGCCUUGCCGGCGUCCUAUCUACACGUGUAUUUUCUUUGGAAGUUCGCAUCGAGACUAAGACCAAGGACAAUGUUUUUGUGCAAUUACUUUGUUCUAUUCAGUAUCGAGUUAUCAAGGAAAACGCUGAUGAUGCAUUCUAUGAGUUGCAAAAUCCCCAGGAACAGAUUCGAGCUUAUGUUUUUGAUGUGGUUCGGGCCCAUGUCCCGAGAAUGACUCUUGAUGAUCUCUUUGAACAAAAGGGUGAAGUGGCAAAGGCUGUACUGGAUGAACUUGAAAAGGUAAUGGGAGCUUAUGGAUAUAAUAUUGAGCAGAUUCUUAUGGUUGACAUUAUACCUGAUUCUUUUGUGCGUAAAGCAAUGAAUGAGAUAAAUGCAGCUCAGAGGCUUCAACUUGCAAGUAUUUACAAAGGUGAGGCAGAGAAAACUAUCCUGGUGAAGAAAGCUGAAGCAGAGGCUGAGGCCAAGUAUCUGGGUGGUGUUGGUAUUGCCAAGCAGCGUCAAGCAAUAACAGAAGGUUUGAGAGCGAACAUCCUUAAUAUCUCCAAUAGCGUCUCUGGCACCUCGGCCAAGGAAGUGAUGGAUCUCAUUAUGGUGACCCAAUACUUCGACACCAUCAAGGAACUUGGGAAUUCGUCGAAGAAUACAACUGUGUUUCUGCCUCAUGGCCCCGGCCAUGUAAAAGAUAUAAGUGACCAGAUACGCAAUGGAACCAUGGAAGCAUCCUGCAGCAACUUAGGCCAUUGAUGCCUUGAUAUUGUUGCUCUUAGCUAAACCUUACAUUAAACAAGUUGAAGUUUUUUUUUUUCUCUACAGUGUGAUAAAGGCUUGAUGGUGAUGUUGUUGUUCAUUUCUGGAAUCCACUUAUCCUUUAUGUU